AUGUCAGCCCAGGGCAGCUCCUCCCACGGUAGUGGUGGACCUUCGGUCAAGGAACGCGUCAAGGCCUUACACGACCACAGCGAGCUCUUCGAGACGAUCGCCACGUACCCACAAGCUGCGAUCUACGAGACCUUCCCCGAAAACUUUGCGCUAGCUCUUUACUACGUACAAAGCGAAGUCCACCGAUGUAAAAGGGCCGUCGACUGCUACCGGCAGGAGAACAUACAGCCUGGGCAAUCCGCUGCCCACGAAGCUGAUUAUAAAAGGGUAAUGAUGGAUCUAGUCAGCUCUCUGCUACUUCUUGAACGCUUCGCCCAGGCUUCUCGGCAGAUGAGUUCGUCCACGCCGCCGAGGAAAGCUUCCAUGGAUCUGUUUCGCAUCAAGAGUCGUGUUGAAGAGCCUGGUAGGCGCGGGGCAAAUGGAGAAUUAGCUGCGAUGUAUGGCCAGGAAGGUGAUUCUGUACCACCGAACGUGGCCACGGUGGAUGACGAAAACCUCUCGCCGAUGGCGCGUUUCAUAUGCGAAUGGCUCCUGAAUCCACUGGUCGACUAUAUCGUUGUGCCUCCUAGGAAACUUUUGUUGCAGCUGCCAACAUUCAAACGACGGCGUGUGAAUGAGGGCAACAACGUUGACAGCCGGAGGAUCAACGACAGGACCAUAGAAGCCGUCGCUGAGGCGUUUGUUUAUGUAUCAGCCACACUGAUUCUGGUCGCCCCUAUUGCUACCUUCACUGUCGUCAGAGAACAGUCGCAAAGGCUUGUCAUCAUGCCGUUGUUCUGUCUGCUCUUUGCAGCAUCAGCACAGUUAAUGGGAUCCAGCGCAAAGCCUUCGUUCAUCCUGGUCAUCGCGUAA